AUGACCCCCAGGCUUCUCCUGGUCUUGGCCCUCUGGGCCGAAUGCGCGUCGGGCAGCCACAGAAGGGGACCCCCAGCAGGUCCAGGUCACCUCAAGGUGCAAUGCCGUGCCGUCAGGUACCCCAUUGCCAUAGACUGCUCCUGGACCCAGCCUCCAGCUCCAGACUCCACCAGGCCCACGUCCUUCAUCGCCACAUACAGGCUUGGUGUGGCCGCACAGGGGGAGAGCAGAUCCUGCCUCCAGCCGACACCAGGAACCCCCAGCUGUGCCAUCUCGGACGUGCAAAUGUUCUCCAUGGUGCCUUACGUGCUCAAUGUCACGGCCAUCCACCCCAGGGGCGUCAGCAGCACCCUCCUGCCCUUCAUUCCAGAGCACAUCAUCAAAUCGGACCCUCCAGAGGGUGUCCGCCUGAGCCUCAUCCCUGGGAAGCAGUUGCGUGUGCAGUGGGAGCCCCCCCGGUCCUGGCCCUUCCCAGAGAUCUUCAUACUCAAAUACCGGAUCCGCUACAAGCGUCACGGAUCUGCCCAUUUCCGGCAGGUGGGGCCCAUUGAGGACACAUCUUUCACCCUCAGGACUGUCCGGCCGCGAGCCAGGUACUGCAUCCAGGUGGCUGCUCAGGACCUCCUGGACUACGGGGAGCUCAGUGACUGGAGUCCGCCUGCCAGGCUCCCCAUCACUCCGGGCAAAUAG